AUGGAUCCGGAGCCCCUGCGGCGGCGUGCUCGCCGGCCGAACCGGACGGCCGCUCAGCGCCGCGCGCAAUAUGCGCGGGCGCAAGGCCGAGUGGCGCAGCAUCUGCUGAAGGCCUUCGACGAGAUCGUGGGCAACCCUGGCCAGCAGCUCACCUUCCUCGGCAAGGCGCUCCGAGAGGCGCUCGCUGGCGGCCCAGAUGCAGGACCCGAUGAUGCUGUUGCAAGUGCUGAGCCCGAGGACGUCCCGCCACACGGUGAAGGUGGAGAUGACGAGCGGGAUGCACCUCCUCCUCAGCCUGGAAAUGCUGAAGCCAGGGGAGAUGGGGGGAGCCAUAAGGGCGUUGCCCUGGCACUGACCCACCCUCCCCUGGCGACGGCUGCAGCGGCGGGCGCGGCGGCGGCGGCGGCGUUUGCCACCACGGGCACGCAGGAGGGCGAGACCAGCAUCGUGGAAAUGGUCCACGCCCUCCGCGCGGAGAUCGCCGCUGCAACGGGCCAGGCGGGGGCCCCCACGGCCAGCGCCGUGCAUGCAGUGGAGCGUGACGACACCGAGCGUGAGGAGAAGGCGGUGGCGGCGCAUGAGGUGCUGCGGGGCGUGCAGGGCGGCCAUUUUGGUACUGCACGCGGCGGAGGAGGAAGAGGAGCUGAUACGGGGUCCGCGGCUUCCGCGACCGCGACCUCUCCUGCCCCAGGGGCUGCUGCUGCAAGGAGGCCACUCCCAGGCAUUUCGCCGCCCACUGACGAGCAGUGCGAACAGCAGUGA